AUGCCUAACAGCGUCCCUAAUCUCUAUCGUUGGGGAGUCUUUAGAAGACUGGCUACUCGUCUUGAGUCUCUGGACCAUUAUCUGGACGCCAUGACUGAGAUAAUGAAAUUUAGUGAUGCGGAAGACCGGCAAAUUCGCCACUAUGGCCGCAAGAUCAUCUCUCUUACGGAGGUAAUUAAGAUUGCAUAUGCCACUGUUAAUUGUAGUAUUGGCGCGACCCUGCUCGUGAUUUGUUCAGAGGAAAAUGUGCCGUACAAAGCGGCAUAUUUUAAAAUCCUUGUCCUGAUCAGGCGGCGGAGGUCGGCGUUCCCUGCUUACUUGGACACUCGUAUCAGUGCGCUCUUGGAUUAUUCCAUAGAGCAUAACAUAGUCCUACGGACCAAAGGAAUCGAUCCACGUGUCCAAUUGGGUAUUAAGGAGUUGAUAAUCAUCAGAAAACCACGAGCGGCUCGUCAAAGCACCAUCGAGACUGCAACCCCUGUCUCGUCGGCACGUGGAUCAUCUACCGGCUCUUCUAAAACACCCAACGAGCUACUUGGUGCCUCCAUUCCCUCGAAGGCUGUUUGCGCGCGACUGUCGAACGAAAGACCGAGGCUGGUGAGGUUGAACUAG